UUCCGUAUUCAUUUUGUAUUUUACCUUUCAGAACCUGCUGUCGGCAAAACGCUUAAAAGGAUGAUAAAUUGGACUAAAAAUACAAAGCUACGUAAUUACAUCGAAGGAAAAAGAAAAAUAGAUAAUUUUUGCUAAAAUUUAACUUAUUAUUAGCUUUUAGUUUUCAUUCUAUCCCCAAGAUGCAUCGAAGAGGCCAUGGAAUAGGAGCAAUUAAUAAAAAGACGUUAGCACAGGCUAAGUAUAAAGACAAAGGAACCGAAAUAGCUGCAGACCAAUUGAGUCAGAUGGCAAAACAAAUGGAGUCCUUCAAAGGGUAUUUGGAAGACUUUGCUGCUAAGCACAAAGAUCAGAUUAAAAAAGAUGCUGAAUUCAGAGUAGCUUUUCAGGAGAUGUGUUCCACAAUAGGAGUAGAUCCUUUAGCCUCAAGUAAAGGUUUUUGGGCAGAAAUGCUAGGUGUAGGCGACUUUUACUAUGAAUUGGGAGUACAAGUUAUAGAAGUUUGUAUAGCAACAAGUCACAGAAAUGGAGGAUUAAUAGACAUAGAAGAAUUAAGGAGUAGAUUGUUAGCCUCUAGAGGAAAGAAAAGUCAAGAUAUAUCUGUAGAUGAUUUACUGAGAGCAAUAAAGAAACUGAAAGUUUUAGGAAAUGGAUUCACUGUAUUACCAAUAGGUACAACCUACCUCGUUCAAAGUAUUCCAGGAGAACUAAGCAUGGAUCAUACAGCAGUUUUACAACAAGCAGAGUCUAAUGGUUUUAUUACGAAGACUGAAUUGAUGUCCCAGCUAAAGUGGGAGGAUGAAAGAGCUAGCAGAGCUUUGAAUUUCAUGGUAAAAGAAGGACUAGCUUGGGUAGAUGAUCAAGGAAAAGAAAGGCAAUUUUGGUUUCCAAGUUUUUUCCCAUACUUGAAAUCUGCAAACAACUGUUAGUGCAAUUUGUUUUAAGUGUAUAGAAUUUUAUGUAUUAUUACGUUUUAAUGAAAUAUAAAUUAUAGAUGAAA